AAUAGGUGCGGAAUAGGCAAUCGCUGUGCAGGACGUUCCUAUCUUUCCCAAGACGUCCUCCUGGAGACGGAUGUAUGUGUCUAUACUUAAUUCGUCAUCCGGAAGAUGUCAAUAUUGUGAAGUAUCCACCAUCCUACAUCCGCAGGUAGGUAAUGUUUUAUUUGCAGCCAAUCCCACGUGCUCCGGCAUUGCAAAACGCGUCUUUAUUGAGUCUAACGUCGUUAUUAUAGUUCGGUUUCACUGUCGUUUGUCGUCGACUCGUCACUCUAUUGUAAAUUGUAGUCUGUAAACCCAUAAUAAUAAACUGCAAGGUCGCGGCUGUACGUAGGUAGAGGCGUAUGGUGGGGGCCACCACAUGACGGCUGCACUUCAUAACAUUUCAGUAGACACGAGUGUCGGCCAGCCACCGCCGACAUAUAACGCAUUUUGCAGAUGUGAUGCGUUCGACCUCUGACUCACGAUAUUCGUAUCUCGUAUCUACAGACGCGGAGAUAUAGUUGAAAUCACAACGGAAUAUAAGGAUAUAUUUUAAAACUAUUUCAAAUUUCUCAAGCGAGCAUAUCUGUUUCAAUCCCAAGGUGGUGUUUGCUCAGGUGCGAGUGUGGACAUUCGAAGACUGAUCCGUACGGAGUUACGACAGAAAUCCAAAACCCCAUCGACGCUUUUUGUGCCUCUAUAAUAACUAAAUCAAACUUAUGGCCCUGAUACUUUUGGUUUGAAAAGAAAGUGUUCUUUUAAAAAUAUAUUGGGACUUCACCUAGAAUGUCUACAAUUGUGAAAUAUUAUUGUGGUGCGCACAGUUAAAAUAAUUUAACGUCCAAGUGUUCAGCUAUGAAGGCAUAUGGAGUAGUUAUUUUGGCAGUGCUUUUCUUUAUUCACAACAGUGCCAGCCAAUGCGGCGGCGGUCGUAAGUUAAGCUUCGUGCGAUGGUCAGGUGUGACGUCAGAGAGGGCUGCCCCAGUCUUCGUAUAUUCAGCGAGCGGUGAGGAAGAGUCCCUGACGGGGGCUUGCCUGGCUCGGUGUAGGGAGCUGGACGACUGCGCGGCCGUAGUUGUAGCGUACUCCAAGGGCAACUGCCUCGGGGUUGCAGACACCCCCGAACCUCAGCUAAAAGUUGACAGCGACGCAACGUUCUUCAAGAAAAUUUGUUUACAAUUGUCAGAAGAAUGUAGCUCGCGAUGGUGGGCAGUUGAAAGCACCCCGGGAUACAAUCUCCAUGCAGAAAGUUCCCACUUGAAGGUAGUGUCUAAUGCAACCAUUAAAGAUUGCUACGACGCAGUCCUCGCCCCGGAUGGAGACCGAACAUUCAGGUCAGCGCAAUGGGUAGGUCCCGAGGGCGUAUUUGAUGCUGAAUACAUCCAAGCUUCUGAUUCGAAGGUCGGAAGUUGCCUUCUCAAUGCAGAAGAUAAGUUCACUGAACCUGAGUCUUAUAGAGUGUCUAAUUAUUACACUUUCUAUAUCGAGAAUCAAUGUAGGCACGACUAUUUAAGAAAAAUCGACAGAUGUUCCUAUGAAGAAUAUUAUAAUCAAACUUUGAAACACGUGGAUUACACAUUUAAUAACUAUACGAAAGAUGAGUGCAAAAGGGCUUGCGAAAUAGAAGAUCAUUUCAUUUGCCGAGGUUUUACGUGGAUACCGGCAAAAGAUAGAGCAGCUUUACGAGGAGUAUGUGACCUGCACAGCGAGGACCUCGUCACCACCGGCUCGUGGCUUCUGCGCAGGAUAUCCGGUGCCGCGUAUUAUCGACGAGUAAUGUGCCUUAAUAUUAGUGUAGAAUGUCAGGGCACAGAGUUGUUGGUGACAUACCGUCCUCGAGGAGUGUUCCGCGGUAUUAUGUACGUGCCUGGCCGAGGAGAUCGAUGCAGCGCGACCCCUAACAACGGAGUCGUCAAACUGUCCCUACCUAUGUACGGCGAUUGCGACGUCAACUUCGCUUACGGCAUCUCUAAUGGACCUAAUGGGAUCAUUAACAGAACGAUGGCGUACGUGAUGGUGAUGAUACAGAACAACCCGAUCAUCCAGACAGCGGGCGACCGGUGGGUGCGCGUGGGGUGUUCGCCCGGCGCUCGAACUCCGACUCAUAUCAACGCAACGCUUGCUGUUAAAGAAACUGGGCGGUCAGCUUCAUCAAUGGAAGCAGACCGCGCGGCGGCGGCGGCGGGUGCCUCCGCGGUGUACGGCGCGAGCGCGGCGCCGCUCUCCAUGUACGUGGUGCGCGCUGGCGACGGCCGCGGCGCCGGCGCCGUGUCGCUCGGGGAACCACUCUACCUCAGGGUAGAGACCACUGACGAGGCGGAGAUAGAGGCGUAUCAUUUAGUGGCCUCUUCACGUCUCGGCGACAGUUCGGUGCUACUGCUCGACAGCAAGGGAUGCCCAACUGGUCAGGUUGAUUUCCCACAAUUUACCAGAUCUUAUUUGGGUGGAACGCAGCGCCUGUCUGCGCUAUUCAAAGCGUUCCGCUUCCCAACUUCACAUGUAGUGCGCUUCGCUUUGAUGAUUCGAUUUUGCGAGAACAAGUGUAAACAGGUAAAUUGCGGCAACAGAAAUCGCGACAGAGUAGCGCGAGAGACUAACGACACGUCGUACUUCUUGGACAACAACAUCGACAGUAUACCGGCUGCCGUCACCCCGGAUGCAUCUUUCGACCGCGCUCAGAACAGUGGCGUUGUGGCGCAGGGCGGGGCCAGAGGCUGCGCUGUAGCCACAGACGAGGCAGUAGCACUAGAAUUGGAGAUGGUAGUAGAUUCUAAGGACAUUAUGUCAGCGGACACACUGGUGCGGGCAGACCAUCGAGCUACCACACCUCUAGAAGAUUCAAAGACUGGAGACAGCAGCAUGGUGUGCGUUCAUGAAUUGCUGCUAGUAGCUCUGGCAUUAACCUGGCUUGCUGUGCAAGUCCUGUUACUGCUCGGCUGUUGUGUGCUUGUCAAAAGGUAUCGGAACUUAGCAGAACUUAGUAUGCAGAAGGACUACCAUUCGUUCGACAACGUAGGUUUCGAUACCGUCUCUACUCAUCGCCGAGUGCACUGGCCCGAUCAAAGCAUCGAUAUAUUGCACGCAAAUUAAUUGAAACGCAAACUUUUCUAUCUAAAAAUGUUGCUACGAAUGUUCACGCAUGUUUUCAUUUCACUGCUAAUUUUGCAGUGAUAAAAAAAAAGAUCGUAGAAUUAAUUUGUGUAAGAACAACUUAUUUUUUAUAUGUAGCUGUGAAUCGAGCCAACAUUGUGGACGAUGUUGUAAUGUGUGACGAUGUUGAUGUAUAAUUCAAAACGAAAUAAAUAAACGUAAAUAGACAUAAUAACAAUUAUUACAAAAUAUAUCUACUUAAUUUAUACAAGAUGUACUUAUCGUUAAAAAAGUAAAUUAUAGCGUAUACAUUUAUAAAGUUAAUAUAAAUAUUUCAGUUUACCUCGUGAAUGGAGUAUGAAUUAAAAAAACAACAUAGAAAA